CUGCCAUUAAACACGAAGAAGAAGCCACAACACACAACAGGCUCAUCGACGUUACGCAGUUUUACUACUUUGAGUGCUAGUAGGUGACUUAAUUAUGCCGAAAGUCGUGUCUCGAAGCGUGGUGUGUUCCGACACCAGAGACAGAGAGGAAUAUGACGACGGGGAGAAGCCGCUUCACGUUUAUUACUGCCUGUGCGGUCAAAUGGUUCUGGUUCUGGACUGCCAGUUAGAAAAGUUACCCAUGAGGCCUCGGGACAAAGCCAGGGUCAUCGACGCGGCCAAACACGCGCACAAGUUUUGCAACGUGGAGGUGGACGAAAACACUUACAUCAAAAGACCGGAAGGCAUCGAGCGGCAGUACCGCAAAAAGUGCGGCAAGUGCGGCCUGCUGCUUUUCUACCAGCACCAGGAGAAGAACAACCCGGCAACCUUCAUCGUGGACGGAGCAGUGGUCAAGUUCGGACAGGGGUUCGGAAACACCACCGUCUACACUCAGAAACAACCCGAAGCUCCCAAGAAGGUCCGCGUCAUGAUGACGAAACGCACCAAAGACAUGGGCAAGUUCAGCUCCGUCACCGUGUCCACCAUCGACGAGGAGGAGGAGGAAAUCGAGGCUAGGGAGGUGGCGGACUCCUACGCCCAGAACGCCAAAGUGAUCGAAAAGCAGCUGGAGAGGAAAGGCAUGAGCAAGAGGAGGCUGCAGGAGCUGGCUGAGCUGGAGGCCAAGAGAGCAAAGAUGAAGGGGACCCUCAUCGAUAACCAGUUCAAGUAGAGACCCAUACACCUCCUGGGACUGCAGGAGGCCAGAAGAGACAAAAUGAAGGGGACCCUCAUCGAUAACCAGUUCAAAUAGACCCAAACACCUUCUGCUGGGACUCCUCUGCUGUGCAAGAGGCCAGGAGGAACAAAAUGAAGGGGACUGUCAUCAAUAACUAUUCAGUUCAAUUUCUAUUGAAUUGAAGUAGACCCAAACUCCUCCUGCUGGGACUCUUAUGCCAUGGAUUUUUGUACAGCUCUUACAAAACAGUGUAUAUAUGCACAUAGCUGCUGGGGGGAUGCUUGUGUGAUAUUUUGUACUUGUUUUAAAAGUGUUAUUUUGCACAACAAUUAAAGCCCAGCUAAAAUGAU